UUCUGACUAGAGUAGUGGAGUUGCAUUAAUCUUGGCUUUUUAAUGCUUCGACUAAUUUGACGCUAAUUAUAGAUUAGAGAAUUACACAAAAAUUCUAAACAUAUUAUACAAAGAGCAAUCAAGUUCUAAACGUUUCAAAAGGUGCAAUAAAGUCCUAAGUAUUUGGAUAUUCAUGCUAUCAAGUUUUAGUCUUACUACUAGUGACAUUUAGAUACUGCCGGAAUUUUGAACUGCUCAUCAAAUUAAGCACGGCUUCGACCAUAAUCAUGUAGAAGAGAUUAAGCUUUUAUCAUCAUUGGUUGUAUGCGAAUUGCUCGCGAUAAUCAAUUGAAAAUAAAAUUUAAAUUCAUGUGAAAUUAAUAAAAAAAUCGAAUUUUUAUUAAGAUACCUAAAUUGGAUUUCACUUGAUUUUGCAAAAAGUUGAGUUUUAAGUCCAAUUAAUGUUGCUAAUCAAGUUAGAUACUCUGCGAUUGACAAAACCCACAUACUUUCUUGUUUAAUUGUGAUCAAAAUAAUGCUUGAUAUAUCAAGAAAAUCAAAAUGGUCCAAGCUACUAGAUGUCUCUGCCAACGAAUAUAGGACUCAAUUGCACGGAUUUCAAAGUGUUUAGUGUUUGUUUGCACUUUUUAAAACUUUUGAAACUUGAUUGAACUUCGUGCAAAAAUGUUUAGGAUUAAUGUCAUUUUCCCUUUUAAUUUCAACAUGUUAUAUGGCUUUAUUAGGGAAUUUUUUGAUAAUUUCCUUAAAGUGACUAAUUUUACGUUUUAUGUUAUGAAUUUUGCAAUGCUUUUAUUGUCAAAGUUUAUUACGACCUUGUUCAUGCUAGCUUAGACCCGAGCAUCUUAAGCUUGAUAGUCCGGACCAACCUUAAGAAAAAAUUAGAAAUAGGCCAAGUAGCCUGACCAGGUCAACUCUCGGUCCUAAAGAUCCUAAUGAGUCGGUCUAAAUUGAUCCGGGUUUCUCAAAUUUACAGGUUAAAAUAAACACCCUUAAUUUGUUCUUGCUAGUAACUAGUGGCUUUGUUUAAGUGAUCAAUAAAUUUCAAUGAGGAGAUGUAAUUGUUGACCUAUUAAAAGUCAAAAGCUCAUCCAUGUGCAUAGUAACAUCUCAUAUGAAAAGUUAUUAAUACGUCAAGUAAUUUCUAAUUAUACUAGCUAGCUUUUUCGUCAUUAUUGGAAAAGUAAGUAUUUUCGUAUUUGUAACUAGUGAUUUUUGGAAAAAGACAAUUUCAAUCUCAUAAGAGAAAUCAUUAUCCACAUGGCUAAAACUUUAAUUCACAAAAACAAUUCUCAAUCUAUCCAUAAUUGACAUAUGUAAGUUUUAGUAUGUACCUAUUUCUGUCAAGAAAUUAAACUAGGAUAUUUAGCAAGUUCUUUUAAGGAUAAGUAAGUUUCCACUGAUAAAUUGUUUGCCUCCCUGAAUGAGACAAGUGCUUAGCUGUACAAGCAGUUGUUGAGGAAACUUAUUCUACCAGAGGUUUGCAACCCUUGUCACUCCUGUUAACUAUCUGUUGGGAAUAAGCCUCAUCAUAUCCUGCUAGGAAGAUCUCAGUCUUCAGAGUGUUGAGUUGAAGAUCACAUGCAGAUUGAAACUUAUGAAAUAAAGCCAUGUUCUCUGUCAAAGACUCCUUGUCAUCUUCAAAGAAGAUGAGAUCAUCUGAAAAGUUGAGAUGCGAGAAGAACCCAUGAUGUGCCCCUUGAGGGCCAAGGACACAGCAGUUGCAGCCUUGUUGGCCAGAAUAUGAGAACUCUCAGGAGAAAGCUAGAAGAGUUUAUUUGCAGCAGAGAAGCAGACAUAGAUGAGUUGGAGUCGCGGUGGAAGAAAGUGAAGAGUAUAAAAGGAGAAUACUGGAGUGUGGUGCAGGCAAUGAGAGAAGGAAGAUCUCUCCCAUUGCAGCAUGUGGCACGAGUGGAACAACUGAUCAAAGAAGUUGAAGAGAUUCAAUUCCGAGGUAGUUUCUGCAGCAUGUCCGGGUCAACGAUUGCCGCAGGAGCAGUUUGCGACAGAACAGCUCCCUUAAUGACCACGAAGCUAGUAGGAGAGACGAGCUGGGUAAUGGUGGAUGAGAUCUGUGACUUCUUGAUGAAGGAUGAGAUUUCAAUCAUCGGCAUUUACGGGAUGGGAGGAGUUGGCAAGACAGCCAUCUCAAUGCACGUCCAUAAUAGACUGCUCGAGAAUCCGGCCUUCAAGGAUGUAUUCUGGGUCACUGUGCCACAUAAUUUGAGCGUUUAUGACCUGCAAAUUGAGAUUGCGAAUAUGGUAAAUCUGGAUGACCUCUUGAAGGAGAAGAAUGUGAAGAAAAGGGCAAGCAUGUUGUCCAGACAUCUGGCGACGAAGAAGACAUCGGUCCUAAUUUUAGAUGGUUUGCUGACGCACUUUAUGCUCGAGGAUGUGGGAAUUUCGGUUGGAGCCGGUAGGAUUAAGUUGGUACUGACAACUCGAUCAUUAGAUGUGUGUCGUAGGAUGCUUUGCCAAAAGCAUAUCUACAUAAAACCUCUAUGGCCAGAUGAAGCUUGGACCUUGUUUUCCCGCACAAAUAUGACUAACCCAGAUCUCCCAACAGAAGUCGAGCAAAUUGCAAAGCUUGUUGUCGGCAAGUGUGAGGGCUUGCCCCUUGCCAUUGUUGAGAUUGCAACCAGCAUGAGGGGAGUGGAGAAUGCGCAUGAAUGGCAAGACGUGCUCCAAAAGUUAGGAGACUCGAAAAUGGAACUGGAGAUGUUCGAGAGGCUGAAACUCAGCUACUUGAAUUUGGUAGAUCAUCAAGUUCGACAAUGCUUCUUGGUUUGUGUACUUUAUUGCUCAGGAGAAUUUAUCUCUAGAGAGGAUCUGAUAGAGUGUUUUAUUGACGAGGGUUUGGUUGGUGGAAUCGCGAGCAGAGAAAAGCUGCACAACCAGUGCAACGCCAUACUGAAUAAACUCGAAAAUGCUUGCAUAUUGGAAAAGCAGUCUACUCUUGGAAAAAGGAUAGUAAAAAUGCAUCCUUUGAUUAGGGACAUGGGACUACAUGUGAUGAACACAGCUUACAUGGUAAAGGCAAAGAUGGAGUUGGUAGACAUACCGGGCAGAGAAUUCUGGACAAGUGGUCUCGAGAAAGCUUCUUUGGCAGGGAAUAAAUUAAGAGAAAUUCCACCGGAUAUGUCUCCUGAUUGUCCUAAGCUUACGACUUUGCUGUUGAACUAUAAUGAGAGCUUAAGGAUGAUACCGGACUCUUUCUUCAUGUACCUUCAUGGGCUAAAAGUUCUAAAAUUAAGUGGAUGUGGAAUCGCCAAACUACCAAACUCCUUCUCGGACUUGGUGAACUUGACAGCGUUGUUGCUUAGCUGGUGUUCGGAAUUACGCCGUAUUCCUUAUGUGGGAAAGCUGAUAUCACUAAGAAAGUUGGACCUGAUUGGGUGUCAAGUUCUCGAGGAAGUGCCAGAGGGCUUGGAAAUGCUGGUGAACCUGCAAUACCUUGAUCUUCUCUACACAGAAAUUGAGACAUUACCAGAAGGAAUGUUAGCAACCCUUGCAAACCUACAACACCUUAAAAUUCAAGAAGUAAACGCAGAGGACGUGACAGAACUAAAGAUGCUGGCAACACUUCAUUGUUCCUUUCCAAAUAUCGAAGCAUUCAACACUUAUGCAAGCUUCGUUGGGCUAAAUAGCCCCCACGAUUACCUACUCAAGGUAAAUGGAGAAGAACAAGAUGACAACAAUGAUGUGAAUCAUGAAAGGCGUGUAGUUGUUGGCAGUUGCAAUCAUAUUACCGCAGGAACACGAGGACGAAGCAGCGAUGGGUGCGUUCUGCUUCCCAAAAAUGUGCAGGAAUUGAUUGUCAGAAACUGCAGUGGUAUGACCAAUUUGUGCGACAUCGGCCCACUUGAAGACCUGGAGGUGCUAUACAUAAUAAGAUGGGACAAUUUACGAGUGCUCUCUGGAGGACCAGAUGAAGGAAUUUUAAUCCACAACUCCACAACAUCGUUUCCAUAUUCAUGCUCUACCCCUCUCCACUUGCCCCGCCUUCAGCGAUUAUCUAUCCGAGGGUGUCCAAAACUGAAGAAGGUAUUUGGAGGUAUGUUGGAGGUAAAAUUCUCCCUGCCAAAUCUAUGCGAGAUUAGUUUAUAUGGGUGUGACGAACUAGAGGGGAUAACUGCAGUCGCACUACCCGGUGCCUUCCCUAGUCUUCAAAAGAUUACAGCAUCUAGUUGUCCUAAGAUGAAGAACUUGUUGGAAUCUGAAUUUCUGGCUCACCUUCCAAAUCUGAAAGAGAUAAGAGUACACAAUUGCGAGAAAAUGGAGGAAAUAAUAGCUGGGCCAUCCUUGAGCAUCCCACUGAAUGCCUUUCUCCAUCUUUCCUUCCUGGAAAUACAAUUCUGCUGUAACAUCAGGAAGCUGUUCACGCUUGAAUCGUCCCUCCACCUUCCUAACCUCCAAUGGAUUAGAGUUGAAAGCUGUGAAGCGAUGGAGGAUAUUAUAUGUGGAGGACGAGAACAUGGAGGGGCCAGUCCAAAUGUCGCGUGUUCCUCCUUCCCAUUCCCUCUCCCAAAGUUGAAGUCCUUGCAUUUACUGGAUCUACCACUGCUACAGAACAUAUCUGAUGGGACUUUGAGCUGCGACUCCAUUGAGAAGAUCGUUGUGUACCGUUGUCCAAUGCUGAGGAGGAUCCCGUUGCAUCUGCCCCGACUCAACAACAAUGAUCAGCUCCCAUCUGCUCCGCCUUCUCUUCAGGUGAUUUCGAUGGAUGACGAGGAAAGGUGGGAGUCUCUGGAGUGGGACAAUCCUCAUGCCAAGUCUCUACUUCAACCACUUGUCAGGUUUUGGCCCCGCACGAGUGAGUCAUUGAGAAAUCCCUGUUGUUUGAUAAUCUUCCUCUCCUUCCCACUGUUCUUUAUCGGUACUAACUCGUCUCGGUCGAAUUUUGUGGCCAGGUAUUAUGUGAUUCCAGUCAUUGCAAAUCUCUCCAGGAGCAACUCCACUGGAGCUCUAGAUUUGGUGGUUUUUCAUAGCCAUUGGGACGUAAUUCUGCUUCACCUCCUCCUGUUAUUUGAAGUUCUUCCUAUGCAGACAAUACCAAUAACAUCUCUGCUUUUGCAACUGUCUAUGCUCUGCUCAUUCUUUGCACAUUGAUAAAACAAUUCUUUCCUUCAAAAGUUACAUUUCUGUAAGUCACACUCCCUUUCUGUUAAUUCAUCUUAU